AUGUGCCGCAAUUACGGAAUCAGCGAGGAGAAGUACAGGGCGUUUUGGCCCGAAGACGGCUGGGCCUACAAGACGCCGCCGGAGGGCUCCAGGCGGGGGGCUCCAUCUGCGUCUACUAUCAGGCUGUUCGGCUCAAGGAAAACGAUCGUAUAUGAUCGUACGUCAGCAGUUCUUCCUUACGGCAACAAGAACCAGCUAACCGUACAGUCUGUAUAUCAUGCUACAGUCGCGCUCGGCAGAACCAGCGAAGACAGACACAAGGCUCCGGUGCUCGACGAGGCUGCAAAGGAGGCCAUCAAGAAGCUGGACACCCACAACACCCACAGAGGCAAGAGUUUGCAGUUCGUGCUCUCCAACUGCGACAAAUUACCAGUUCUCCCUGCGCUGGAGCUGGCACCGGUUCGUGCCGACAGCCACGACCGCGAGCGUGAGCACUCUGCAUCGCAGACGUUCAUGGAUACCAUGGCGGGGGCAUUCGAGGUGAUGCGGAGGACCGAGGAGGAUCUCCAGAGAGUCAAGGACGAACUACGGGAGGAGUAA